AGUUACAUGUUCCUAUUCAGACACUUAUAUCCACAACAAUGCAUCAUUUCUGAAACAAUGAUAUAAAAGUAAAAUGAAAAUGACAAGUGAAUAAUAUAAAAAAAUGUGAUCCUUGCAGAAUUUAAAUUCUUAUAAGUACAUUCAAUUUGAAUUAAACUCCCUACUAUGAUCAUUUCAGUUAUUAAUUAUUUCGUGUGAAAUUAAUUUUUAGAUUCUACCAAUAAUUAUUAAUUUUUUAAUUUAAAAUGAAUCAUCAGCUUACUUUGCUUUUGCUAAUUUCACUUUGUAUUACUGAGGAUAUUAAUUCGGCGCCGGUUAGUAUUUCAAAUUUACUGGCAGAGAGACUUUCGUUAUCCACUAAAACGAUUAAAUUCAUGAAAAUGUUUGGAUAUUUGCCCUCGAAUGAAAGAUCAGAGUCUCUUUACAAGGAAAAUGCUUUAGUCGACGCUAUAAAAAAUUUACAGAAAUUUGGAAACAUUCCAAUGAGUGGGAGAAUCGAUAACGAAACUUCGAAGUUAAUGAAAACACCACGAUGCGGAGUGGCAGACAUUCAGCUUAAAGGAAGUCGCAGGAAAAGAUACAUAGUCGGUUCUGAAGGAUGGAAAAAAGGAGAAGUCACUUAUUAUUUAAAAAACAAAAAUUGUCAUUUCAGCAUAGCAAAUUGGUCGCCAAAAUUGAAAGAGAGAGCCGUAAUUGAUGAAAUGCAAAGAGCCUUUGAUGCUUGGAGUGAUUAUUCUAGACUUAAUUUUCGAUCAGUCACAAAUCCUAAUGCAGAUAUUAUAAUAAGUUUCGGUCAAGGCUCUCAUGGUGAUGGGUAUCCUUUUGAUGGGCCGGGAAAUAUUUUGGCGCACGCCUUUUUCCCUUAUGAAUUAGGUUCUUUUGGGGGAGAUAUUCAUUUCGACAACGAUGAGAAAUGGGAGAUACGUCCUUCUAAUCCUUACGAUGGAACAGAUUUUUUUUCGGUUGCUGUCCACGAAUUAGGUCACAGUUUGGGUCUAUCCCAUUCCACAAUACCAACAUCAAUCAUGUUUCCUUAUUACAAGGGCUACACGACAGCUUUUCAAUUAGAUUACGACGAUCUUCUUGGAUUAUAUGAACUCUAUACUCAUCAAAAAGGAGAACAAGAUUACACAACAACAAGAACGACUAGCGAAGUUGAUAUCACAGAAUCGACCACAGAAUUUGAAAUCGAAAGCACAUCUUCUUCUGAUACAUCAGAAUUCGAAACUGCAGUUUCAACGACGACCCAAAAACCAAAUUUUCAAAAUAUAACUUUUAUUGGAGACUACGAAACAGUGGAGGAACACCGUCUUCACGAAAGUAGAAAUGGUCAAACAAUUUUUGAAAAUUUUACAAUUCCUGACAUCUGCGAAGGCAAUUUUGAUACAGUUUCAGUAUUUCGAAAUGAACUCUUUAUUUUCAAAGGCGAGUAUUUAUGGAGAUUUAUUCAACGUGGUAGAUUGGAUAACGAUUAUCCUGUGAAGUUUCACCAACUAUUUCAUGGUCUGCCGAGUGAUGUGACUAAAAUUGAUGCCGCUUAUGAGAGACAAACUGACUCGAGUAUUGUCCUUUUUUCUGGUAGCAAAUAUUGGAUAUACAAUGGUGAUAAAUUUAGUGAUGAUAGUCCACGCCCUUUAUCUGACUACGGUAUUUCUGUCUAUAUUGAUAAAAUAGAUACCGCACUUGUUUGGCCCAAAACAGAAAAAACGUAUUUAUUCAGAGGGGACUCAUUUUGGACAAUCAAUGAAACUUUAAUGACAUUAGAUUCUAAUUACACUGAAAGUAUUACAAAAUUGAGUGGAAUUCCAACAAAUGUUGAUGCAGCAUUGACGUGGACCGAUGGUGCAGUAUAUUUUUUUAAGGGGAAAUACUUUUGGAAGUUUAAUGUCAAUUUUCAUAAAAUUGAAGACAGUUAUCCUUUAUUGUCGCCAGAAUAUUGGAUUGGGUGUCAAGAUUAAAAUUUCACUAAGAUUUUGAAAAUAAUGGACGCCAGGGUAGCUGCUGCAAUCGACAAAAAAAAAUCCCGGCCAUUUCACAUGUUCAUCGCAAAUGAAAUUAAAACAUUCGAACAAUUGUUUCUGGUUAAAAAGUAUAAAUUUACACGUAUUAUUUUCAACUCUCUAAUUUGAAGAAUUUGUAAUUA